UUAGAAAAAUAUUAAAUGUCUUUUGACUAUAGACAGAUAACAGACAAAAGCUAGGGGACCUAACUUACGUGUCAGAUACCGGUUCAAGAUAAUUGAACCAUAAGCAGACAAAUAAUUUCCGAAUUUAUAAAACCGGUUUAUAAAAAUCGGCUCUCGUCCUUCGUCUUCCUUCUUCUUCUUCUAUAUAUAACCAGACUAUAAACCAACUCUGUCCUACGCGUCGUAUCAAUACUCGUGAAUCUUUCCUUUGACCGAUUUCAAACUUCUUCUUCGAGCUUUCUCACAUAAACCGCAAUGGGAAUCUGUGUGUCCUUUCACCGGAGAAGAGACUCCAACUCUCCCCCGACGGUGAAGAUCGUCUCUGUCAACGGCGAUCUCCGGGAAUACCACGUUCCGGUGCUAGCUUCUCAGGUCCUGGAAGCAGAAUCAGCUGCCGCUUCGUCGUCGUCUUCUUCCUCCAGACCUUCCUCCUACUUCCUCUCCGAUUCGGACUCUCUCCUCUACGACGACUUCAUACCGGCGAUCAAGCUCGAAGAGCCGCUCCAGGCCGAGCAGAUCUACUUCGUUCUUCCCGUCUCUAAACGGCAGAACCGUCUAACGGCGUCGGACAUGGCGGCUCUCGCCGUUAAAGCGAGCGUCGCGAUACAGAACUCCGUGGGCGGGAAAGAGUCUCGCAGCAGGCGUAACAAGAAAGUUAGAAUCUCUCCGAUCAUGAUGCUGACUCAGCAGCCUGACGAUAACGGUGCCGCUGUUAACGGAAAAGCAAGCGAAUCGUCGACGGUUCGUAAGGGGAGGCCGUUACUGAAUAAAACGGCUCCGUUCAAGGCUUCGAGCGGCGGUUAUAACCGGUCCGGUUCGGUACGUAGCUUGAGGAGAUAUACUUCUAACCGAGCAAAGUUGGCGGUUCGAUCCUUUAGGCUCAAACUUUCGACGAUCUACGAAGGCACCGUGGUGUAGCUUUUUAGUUUUUGCGAGGAACAAACAAAUAAUCAGUAUUUGAAGCAUAAUAGUUUUUUGCAGUGUUUUUUUUUGUUUGUUUGUUACAAACUGAUGAUAUAAUCUUUUCCUUUUUGCUACUUUGUUUGUUUGAAUAUUGUAUAUUUUGGCACGUAUAUGUUACCUAACUAAUUGAAUAUGAUUGGCGAUGUUUC